AUGGUCCUCCGCCUCCGCCUCUCGCGCGUCCCCGGGCCCCUCGGCGCCAAGCGGCACAAACCCUUCUACAACAUCGUGCUGGCGCAGGCACGCUCCGCGCGCGACAGCAAGCCGCUCGAGGUGCUCGGGACGUACGAUCCGAUCCCGCAAGCGGUCGUCGGCGCGGAGGACGGCGCGCGCAAAGUCAAGGACAUCAAGAUCGACGUCUCCCGCGCGCAAUACUGGCUCGGCGUGGGCGCCCAGCCCAGCGACACCGUCUGGAGACUCCUCAGCAUGAUCGGCCUCAUGGAGCCCAAAUAUCUCCCCGGCGGAGCCCAGACGCAGAGGGAGCAGAAGGGUGCGCUCAGAGGCGUGCGGUUCGAAACCCAUGUGAAGAGGAAAGGGGAGGAGGGGAGUGUGCAGGAGGGAGAGGGAGGGAUGGAGAAGGUGGUUUCAUGAGAUGGGAGGUUGCACUUGGUGAAGGGCAAGAUUGGGGAGGAUACCAGAGCCAUCCCUCCUGGGAUAAGGAGAGAGAUGGAUUGGUGUGAUGCAGAUGUCCAAUUUCCAGGGCAUCGGCCGAAGUCUGGACCUGAUCUCAAAUCGCACCAGAUUCCUAGGGCAGAUAUUAUGACGGUUCACAUCAAGCACGAAGGAUGAUUCAAUCAUCGAACCGAUCUGCACUUAUCAGUGAGCGACGGUGUCCUCCUCG